GUGGUACUUCAAUUUUAUCAUCAUGUCGACAAGUCGUAUACACCUCCACUGUCGAUUCAGGUACUGAUUUCCAACUUCACGAACACUCUCACAAUUUUUAGGCGUUUGUGACCGGUUUACAUACGAGAAGGUCAUCGUCUAAUCAGUUGGUGUGUCCUGACGCACAUCAAAUGCAUUCAAAUGUUUAGUUUCCUUUUGUGCAAAACAUUAUCUAGCUUCAAGAAGUACGGAACAUGGAAUGUUCUAGCCACACUUACAGCACCGAGCCGCUUCCGCGCUAAGUGUCAUCUGCUUCGGGAUGUUUUCAAGAAAAUGGGUAAAUGGCGUCCCGUAAUCAUAACGUCAGCAGAAAAAUGCUCAGAGCCCGACCAACUGAUUUUCGAGACCGUACGCCCGUGGCAUGUUUAGUGAUUAAAUAGUUUUUUUCACUUGCUUUAUGCACGUUAGUUAUGUUCAUUUU